AGCGGUGAACAUGUGCACGGAAGUUUAAAAACACAGCAGAGGCUGCCACCCCGCAGGAGAAAGAGGCUGCCCGUGAGCAGCUCCGUGUGUCCUUGCAGGAGCUCCCCUGAGCCUCACCCUCUCCCUCUCCGUCCCACCGCUGCUGAGGUCACCACAAGUUGACAGAACACUUUCCCUCUUUCUUCCCGCCCCCCUGAUAAUGUCAGAGCAUUUUGCCAAGAUGACGCUGGCGACCCCUCCGUCAUCGCGGGGGGCCUCCCACCAGAAGGUAUGCCACUCCCAGACACAGACGGACGUGCUGAAGCCCCUGCUGGGCGGGGGAUCUGGGGGCCACCACUCGGCCGCGGGGCGGCGGCGGCGACGCGUGCUCACCAAGGACGGGCGGAGCAACGUGCGCAUGGAGCAUGUGAGCGGGCGGGGCGCGCUCUACCUCAAAGACCCCUGGACCACCUUUGUGGACAUGCAGUGGCGCUACAAGCUCAUCAUGUUCUGCGCCACCUUCGUGGGCACCUGGUUCAUCUUCGGACUGCUCUGGUACCUGCUGGCCUUCCUGCACGGGGACCUGCUAGAGUUCGAUCCUCCGGCAAACCACACAGUGUGUGUGAUGCAGAUGCAGACACUGACGGGGGCCUUCCUGUUCUCCCUGGAGUCACAGACCACGAUAGGCUACGGGUACCGCUGCAUCACAGAGGAGUGCGCGCCCGCCAUCAUCCUCCUUAUCCUGCAGCUGCUCAUCACCACCGUCAUGGAGAUCUUCAUCACGGGAACCUUCCUCGCCAAGGUGGCACGACCGAAGAAGCGAGGCGAGACGGUUCGGUUCAGCCAGCACGCGGUCGUCUCCAGUCAUGACGGCCGGCCGUGCAUCAUGAUCCGCGUGGCCAACAUGCGCAAGAGCCUGCUACUUGGCUGCCAGGUGACGGGUAAGCUGCUGCAGCCAUGCGUGGCUAAGGAGGGGGAGACGGUGCGGCUGGAGCAGCGGAACGUGGCCUUCAGUGUGGACACAGCCAGCGAGAGCCCCUUCCUCAUCCUCCCCCUCACCUUCUACCACAUCAUCGACAGCAACAGCCCGCUACGCGCUUGGGCCGCCAAGGGUGGAGGCUGGUCAGACCCCGAGCUAGCUGACUUUGAGCUGCUGGUGAUGAUGAGUGCCACGGUGGAGCCCACCUCCGCCACCUGCCAGGUGCGCACCUCCUACCUGCCAGACGAGAUCCUGUGGGGGUACGAGUAUCCACCCGUCGUCACCCUCUCUUCCUCCGGCAAGUACGUCGCCGACCUUGCCUACUUCGACAAGGUCGUCAAGACCAAAACCCCGCCCAUCUUCAAGGAGACGACGGCGCCCACACCUAACUGCCAGGGUUACUCGAGUGGUGGCGGAGAGGGAGGGGAGGGGACGGAGGGGGCGGACCCGGAGAAGAUCCUUCUGGAACAGAGCUACCGGGAGCGAGCCGGGGAGGAGCGAGCCGUCAGGGCGAGGGAGACCAGCCCGCUCAGCGUACGAAUCAGCAAUGUCUGAGUGUGCGCAAACACACACACACACACACACACACACACACACACACACACACACACACACACACAUUUAUGCAUAUGUUUGUUUGUUUGCGUGUGUGAGAUAUCAGGAGUGACCCUCUGCAUCAGCAACGUCUGAGCAUGCACACACACACACACACACACACACACACACACACACACACACACACACACACACCAACACACACACACACACACACACACAACCUGAGUGUGUACAUAUGUAUAUGUUUGUGUUUGUGAGUGUGGCAGAGGUGCAAAUACACACACACACACACACAUGUUCACAUUUGCAUACCUACAGUAUAUACACACUGAUGGCAACACACACACACACACACACACACACUGAAGAUUUGAAGUUUUGUUGCUGUACCUCAUGGGAGGAUGGUGUGACAGGCAUUAUGUUUGUAGAAUUGCAAAAUGAGAUUCAGGUAACUAUGAAAAAGCAGAGAUGAGAAAAAAAUAGAGAGAGAAAGAGAGGAAGACAGGAAGAUUGGGGUGGGUGGGGUGGGAGACACACAUACACAGAUGAUGAAUCAGUAAAUGAAUGUAUGAGGAACGAUGGCAGGUAGGGACUGAUUGGCGAGUGCAUCUGGCAACGGCCAGAUCGCAGGUCUCACAAGAUGGACAACGCUGUCAUGGACGCACCUUCGACUCAAUCCAUGGACUUAAGUGAUGUGAUGUAGCAAUGAUCAAUAGGAAAAGAAUGUAGAUUACUUUUUUAAAUGGAGCUUUUUAUUGUUGUUCCUAACAAAGCACUUUAGGUAACAUCUCAAAAGAGUAGCGCCUGGCUGCCCUCCCCUCGGAAAAAAUCAGUUACAGAUGCCAGUAAAAAUACUAAAGCACUUUAAAUGACUAGGACUGUAAACACAACUACUGGAUAAUGAAUAUGUGAACAAAAAUGUAAAUAAAAUUGUUUGAAUAUAUUUGGA